AUGGAUCAUUGGAGCCCUGAGAAAGCAACCAUUUGGACUACUUUUGUAGGGCUUUACCUCAAAGGGAGCCCUUCCAGAAAUUCUCGAAGGCCAAGGACCAGCCCAGGCCUACGAGGGGGUUUGGAAAUAGUUUUCAACCAGCAAUAGACGCGCCUCGGUUAGAA